AUGGCUGCCCAUGAACAGCUGAUCACCGCGGAUGAGUUUUCCCAGAUACAAUUCGACUUUCUAGUCAUUGGUGGCGGAACUGCUGGACUCGCUGUAGCGGCACGGCUCUCCGAGCACCCACGAUUCAAAGUGGGGGUUCUAGAAGCCGGGUCACUGGUGAGCCGUCAAGAUACGAUAGACAUUCCAGGCCUCUAUGGCCAAGCUAUAGGCACCAAGCAGGACUGGCAGUUUGAGACCGUUCCGCAAAAAGGCCUGGCUGGUAGGGUCUUGCCGUGGCCGCGUGGGAAGAUUGUCGGGGGUACUAGUGCAAUUAACUUCAUGAUUUGGAAUCGCGGUAGCAAAGAAGAUUACAACGCAUGGGAACAGCUGGGAAAUCCUGGUUGGGGAUGGGAGGAUCUUUUGCCUUUCUUCAAAAAGUCUGAGACCGUUCAAAGACCUUCACCCGAUAUUGAAUCAAACUACGGUGCAACAUUCGAUGCAGCUGUUAGUGGAGUGUCUGGUCCGAUCAAAAUCUCAUAUCCCAAUUACUAUCCUACUACUCACCAGCUCUGGCGUCAGUCUUUAAAUUCCCUGGGGGUUGAAUCGAAUGACACACAUAUGUCUGGAUCCAACACCGGGGUCUGGACUUGCAUCAAUUCCGUCACACCAGAUGAGCGCAUUCGCUCAUACGCAACGAACUCAUAUUACACACCUAACGCUCAUCGCAAGAACCUCUUCUUGCUAACUGACGCGCUUGUCAACGAGAUUUCACUUGAACCAAGUGAGAAUGGAGACCAUAGAGCCACCGGUGUUAGCUUCACAUGCAAGAAUCAGCAAUACCAGGUUUCAGUCAACCAUGAAGUAGUCCUAUCUGCUGGGGCAGUGCAAUCGCCUCAAAUUCUCGAAUUAUCUGGCAUAGGCAAUCCUGAAAUUUUGGCGAAGGCUGGUAUACCAACCAAAGUCGUCAGUUCAAAAGUUGGGGAGAACUUGCAGGACCAUAUCAUGGCUGCUAUUAUUUUUGAAAUUAAUUCAACUGAUGGGAGAAAAGACCAGGGUACCGACAAGGCCGGCCCUGAUUCUGCUCUAGAAGAGUAUCUGCAGCAGGCAUCUGGGCCCUUAACAGCAGUACCCAGCUGCUUCUCCUACCUACCUUUGGCCAAAGUCAUGGCGACGACCAACUUCCAAAAACUCCAUGAGUCGGUCUCUGUUCUGCCUGAUGUUGAUAUCGAGCGCAGAAACAUCGUAUCUGGACGCUUUGACACGACACAGCAAUUAGGUCAAAUUGAAUAUAUUCUUGAUCUUGGGAAUUGGAAUCCAUAUUAUACGCCAGAUCAAACCGAUCACAAGAAAUACGCCACGAUAUUUCAAAUUCUCCAAUAUCCAUUUUCUAGAGGUAGUAUACAUAUCAGUUCCACCUCCAGCGACAGCUUGGAUCAGAGGCCUAACAACCAGAUAUUCAACGCACCCUUGAUCGAUCCCCAAUACUACGAUGGCCCGCACGGCCUAGUAGAUUUGGAAACAAUGACUCACAGCCUACAAUUCGCGGAGAAGAUAGUACGAUCAGAGCCACUAUCAAAUGUAGUUGGCGAACGAGUGUUCCCACCUUCAUCUACGACAACAGAUGAAGACUACCGCGAUUGGAUGAGCAAGACAACAAUCACAGACUGGCACCCUGUUGGGACUUGUUCGAUGGGUGGUACUCUUGGUAUUUCAGAAGGUGUUGUUGACCAUCGUCUUAGGGUGUAUGGCGUACGAGGCUUGAGGGUUAUCGAUGCUAGUAUCAUGCCCCUUCAUAUCAGUUCUCAUAUUCAAGCCACUGUAUACGCGAUCGCUGAAAAGGGAGCCCACAUGAUAUUAGAAGACUAUGGUGUGCUAGAAUAG